CGCCGUCCAGCCUGUGACACUCGCUCGCUGUGCUCACAGACUCGUACCAUCUUGCACAUAUAUUUCGGGCUCCCUCUACCUCCUCUUUUCCCUCACCGCCAGAAUGCCUCAGAGACAACCGGUAGGACCAAGGGCCCCCAAGGAUGACUUCAUGCGGGCUCUGGGCUUAAGCACCACCGAUCCUCGCCACGAGGGAUACUACCGGGCUAUGAGAGACGAAGCCAUUGCCGUGUACAGCAAACUGAACUCGGAUCGAACAAGUCUGAUAGACGAGAAACGAAACGACUCAUCUACAACGCCCCCCUUCUUCUGGCACCACAUCCGCCUUGACCGUCGUCGGCAAGCAAUCAUCGACACCUGGCAACAGGCGAAACCCGGCACGAUUCAACGCACGCUCUUCGAUCAAGGCGCAACAACGGGCGAGCACGCUCCAAACUGGGUGACCCUGUGGCUUCUGUACAGUGUCUUUCGCUCGCGGGAUAUUCGCAACAACCGCAAUCGUCGAGCUGGUGAAGGAGGUAGUACCGGAGGUCAGAGUUCGGGUUCCAACGAUUCGCAAAUAUUCGAUCCGGCCCGAGACAAAUAUGUGCGGCGCUGA